AAGUUCCCGCAGCAGCAGCAGCAGCAAACCACCAGAAUAGCCUCCCUACUCCUCUCUCUUACCUUUGGGAGAACCAGCCCGGAGAGAGAGAAUGAGGCAGGUAUUCUGCGGUAGCGACAGCCGCCAUCGCCAGCCUGCAGUUCUUUGGUAAAGCUCAUGGUGCUGGCAGCUGAGCAGCCGCUGCUGGGUGGAGAGAGAGGGAGAGACACGGGCUGCCCUAUAUCCAGAGUGAGAAGAAGAAUUUGGACUUUGCUGUGUGCACAGGUGUGCAAGCCAAAGGCUUCUGUUCAAAGGAGGAAUCGGAAGACGUGGGUCGAAGCACGGCCAUGAGCAGUCCCAGUGCCAAGCCAACAUGCCUGUCGCAGCCGGUGGUGAAGAGCGUGAUGGUGUAUCGCAACGGAGAUCCGUUCUUCCCAGGGCGCCGAGUGAUCAUCCAUGAGAAGAAGGUGUCCAGCUUCGAUGUCUUCCUAAAGGAAGUGACCGGUGGGGUGAAUGCUCCCUUUGGGGCCGUGCGGAAUAUCUACACCCCCCGCGGUGGCCACCGCGUCCGACAGCUAGAUGAGAUUCAGAGCGGAGAGCACUAUGUCGCCGGUGGCAGGGAGGCCUUCAAAAAACUCAACUACUUGGACAUUGGAGAACUGAAGAGUCGGCCUAUGGAAAUAAGGAAUGAGUUAGCAUUGGAAGAUGUGAAGCCAGUUUCCCACAGCAGAAUCAACGUGUCUGCACGGUUUAGAAAGCCUCUUCAGGAGCCUUGCACUGUUUUCCUGAUUGCUAAUGGUGACCUCGUAAGCCCAGCCGUGCGUCUUUUCAUCCCCAGAAGAGCACUAAAUCAAUGGGAUCAUGUUCUUGAAAUGGUUACUGAAAAGGUUACACUCAGAAGUGGUGCUGUGCACAGGCUCUACACUUUAGACGGAAAACCUGUCGAGAGUGGGAUGGAUUUGGAAAAUGGGCAGUUUUACGUAGCGGUUGGCAGAGACAAAUUUAAGAAGUUGCCCUAUAGUGAAUUACUGUUCACCAAGUCCACCAUGAGACGAUCGUAUGGCUACAAGUCAUCUUCACUACCUCCUAUUGGUGGAUCUGGAAAGUCUAAGGGGAGCUCCAAAUCUACUGACACAGCAGAAACAGUGUCCUCUCCUCAACCUCCAAAGAGAAAGGAAAAGCACGUACAGAAUCAAGAUAUUAAAAAACCUGCUAAAGCAAAAGAAAACAUAAAAGCAGUGACCAGUUCUCAUGUUCCCCCAGAUAAUGAGGAGGAAGGAGUUUACAAGGCUGGCAAAAAGCGAUCAGAAAUGAGGGGGGCUGCGGAAGUCCAGGAAGAUGAAGACACUCAAACUGAGGUCCCACUUGACCAGCGGCCAGCGGAAACUGUGGAUGAGGAAGAGACCAUGGCACCGGAACAUAAAGCUCGGCAUCAAGAAGACUAUUCAGCUAUGAAUGGGGAGGCGGAUCAGGGUGGCGACACAGGGGAGGCCAUCAACGGAACAGAAGAGAAUCUGAAUGGCCAUUAUGAUGAUGAGCAGCAAGGGCAAAACCUUGACCAAGAUGAGCCUAGCAGUCAUGCGCACGGGGGAACAAAUGAGGAAAACGGUGAACAGAUGGGUCACAAUGGCCAUGAAGAAGAAACAAAAGAAGGUACUGAUGAUCAAAAACAGGAUGAUUCCAAUUAUGAGAAAACCUCAGCUCCAAGAGUCACCAUCACCAGCCCACAGGAGAGUGAAAAAAACGAACAAACCAAUGCGUAUGCGGCAGUAGCAUAGACAUAAUUUGAAGGACAUAGGUUACCAGAAAAUGAAGGAUUUACUAUUUGGAGUGCAAAGCAAUUUUGUAUGUGUGUGUGUGCGCUUUAUUAAUUUAUAAUGUGACAAUAUGGUGGAGUUCCACCCACUGAACGCUGGCAUGAUAAUGUGGUAUACCAGAACUUAGAUAAUUAAAUGAAUAAUUAAGAGGAAGAUUGAAUUAUAGUCCCCAGAUUUGGUCUUUCUCCAAUGUGAAUUCUAAGGGGAAGCAUAGGUGUUAAUUGAAGAAAUACUGCCAUCGCAGAAUGUUGAAUAUUGAACUAGGCCUAAUGUGUACCCCAUGUUUGUUUAGAAGAGUUGAAGAAUAUUUUUGCGACUUUAAAAUGGAGAGCCUGUCAUAUUUUUUUAAUAGCUGAAUAAAUCUCUGUGAACAUGA